CAGAAGGAAUCUUCAAAAAAGAUUCUUGUAGGAGAACCUGAACAAGAAACUGUUGCUGAUUCUGUAGGGAUUGCUGCUGCAGAUGAGCUUUCAUGUUCCAAAGAACUUCCUCCAUCGCAAGAUCAAAGAGAGCUUUUGAGUUCCCUGCAAUAUAAUAGAAAUCUUCUCAAAUAUUUAAAUGAUGAUCGACAGAAACAGCCAUCCUUUUGUGAUCUGCUCAUAAUUGUUGAAGGAAAAGAAUUCAGUGCCCACAAAGUAGUUGUUGCUGUUGGAAGUAGUUAUUUUCAUGCUUAUUUGAGCAAAAAUCCAAGAACGGAUGUCAUUACCUUGGAUCAUGUAACUCAUUCAGUAUUCCGUCAUCUUCUUGAGUUCUUGUACACGUCAGAGUUUUUUGUGUAUAAAAAGGAAAUCCCCUUAGUUUUAGAGGCAGCCAAGUUUUUAGAUAUUAUUGAUGCGGUUAAACUGCUAAAUGGUGAAAGUGUUUCUAAUUCACAGUCUGAGGAGAGAACUGAGAGCCCAUCACAGGUACAAACAUCCAGUGAAUUGACUCAUAAAGUUGCAAGCAAUCACCAGUGUGCUUUGUGCAAUCGAAUCUUCUGUUACAAGAAAUCAUUAGAAAAUCACUUGUCCAAAGCCCACAAAUCCCUUAUCCGAGAAAAAGAAGAUGGCCUAAAAAUGGUUGAGAGGGCAGAUAUUUCUACAAGAAGGUCAAUGCGAAAUCGCAAGUGUCCAGCUAAAUUUGAGCAGAGUGACAAUGAAAGUGAGGAAGCAUCUGAUAGCUAUCUUGAUAAAGAUGCUCCUGACAAGGAAAACAGUGAGUCUGAAGAUAGUGGGAGUGAGUACAAUACUGAUGAUGGCAUAAAGGAAGAAGACACGUCUGAAGAUGAUACUGGGUCUGAAGAGCAAAGUGAAAAAGAAUGCGAAGAAGAAGAUGAUCAGGAACCAGAUAGCCUUGCAGGGAAUACUCCUGAAAGCACUUUGUUAACAUAUAUUCCAGUAAUCGUGCAGAACAGUAAUAAGAAAUGUUUGCAGUGUCCUAAGUGUGAUAAAACAUUUGAUCGAGCAG